CCUCUAAGUUAUUCUACGAAGCAUAGACUUCAGGCCAUACGACGUCCGCUAUUCAAUCCUGAUAGAGGGUUAACUCGCAUGAACCCACUAUCUUACCACCAGACGCUACGUAUAGCUACAGGCAAUACUCCAAGUCACACCCAAGUCAGCGACCCUCGUCACCUUAUCAUAUAGAAGACAACCUAGGCGGGUUAAACGUACCUAGACUGAAGAAAAAUUCAAUGAUAGAUUGAGAUGUCAUAAAAAAAUAUUUAACGCAAUCUUCCAUCUAUCUUGCGAACUUAUAAUUUCUCUCCUCCCCCUUACCAACAACUCCCUCUUCCACCAAACAUAACCUCUUAUUCAACCGCUAGUUACACUCAAGCACAUACCUUAGUACUUGUGACCUACCAUAUCCCUUCCUGCUACUACCAAACUGGGCUACUAUCAGAAACCCUUUCACAAAUCAAUCUCAAGUAGGCCCAAUGCCGAUUGAUAUCAUUAUACCACCACCCAUCAGCCGCAUCAUCUACGAGGUGCCACCGCCACACAUCUACGGUCCUCUCCGUCCAACCCGUGAUGCUCCCGGUCCACCGAACCGCCCGCUCCCAAAGCCGCCGGUACGUCCUAAAUGCGCAGUGGGUGGUCCGGUCGUCUUAUACCCGACGACUGUCCUCCGGCCUAUUACCAUCCUGCACCCCGUACCACCUAUGGAGCCCGGCGUGCCCGCCUCGCAGGCUCCGCCGACGCCGAAUGCGGUCCUGCUACGACAAAUCACAUAUGAUGUUUAAGUUAGGAAAAGGAAGUGAUAGAAUGGGAAUGUUUACGGAAGUGUUGCUUUAUCACUAUGACGACCCG